GCUGGAAUAAGUUGGUGUGACAGGCAGGAGCUUAAAUACCAGCCCCUGAGGAAGCUGAGCUGGUCUGUAAUCAUAGGGCGGUAGCAGCAGCCGCAGCAGCAGAGGUAGUCUGAGGUGGUGGAGGAGCGGGAGCACCAUGAACACACAGGUGUUUUCUGAGGAGUAAUUAGAUAGCUGUGAAGGAGAAAAUACACCUUUGAGUUCCUACCUGUGAAUACAAUAGCGCUGAAAGAGACAGUCUGAAAGCAGAGAGGAAGAGGUUUGGUCAGUCCCACCAAGAGACACAAAGUUGAAAGUUUGGGGUUUUUAUUUUUAUUUUUUUUUCCUCCAUUUCAUUUUUCCUGUGUGUCACUACAAUGGUCAGAAAGCCUGUCGUGUCCACCAUCUCCAGUGGAGGUUACCUGCAGGGGAAUGUUAAUGGGAAGCUGCCUUCCUUGGGUGGCAAGGAGCUCCCUGGGGAGGAGAAAGUGGUGCUGAAGAAGAAAAUCACUUUGCUGAGGGGCAUCUCCAUCAUCAUUGGCACCAUCAUUGGAGCAGGAAUCUUCAUCUCUCCCAAGGGCGUGCUCCAGAACACGGGCAGCGUGGGCAUGUCUCUGAUUAUCUGGACAGUCUGUGGGGUCCUGUCACUAUUUGGAGCCUUGUCCUAUGCUGAGUUGGGAACAAGUAUAAAGAAAUCUGGUGGUCAUUAUACAUACAUCCUGGAGGUCUUUGGCCCAUUACCAGCUUUUGUACGAGUCUGGGUAGAACUGCUCAUAAUACGCCCUGCAGCCACUGCUGUGAUUUCUCUGGCCUUUGGACGCUACAUUCUGGAACCCUUUUUUAUUCAAUGUGAAAUUCCUGAACUUGCAAUCAAGCUCAUUACAGCUGUGGGCAUAACUGUAGUGAUGGUCCUAAACAGCAUGAGUGUCAGCUGGAGUGCCCGGAUUCAGAUUUUCCUAACCUUUUGCAAGCUCACAGCAAUUCUGAUAAUUAUAGUCCCUGGAGUUAUGCAGCUAAUUAAAGGGCAAACACAUCACUUUAAAGAUGCCUUCUCAGGAAGAGACGCGAGUAUUAUGGGGUUGCCACUGGCUUUUUAUUAUGGGAUGUAUGCAUACGCUGGCUGGUUUUAUCUCAAUUUUGUUACUGAAGAAGUGGAAAAUCCUGAAAAAAACAUCCCCCUUGCCAUAUGUAUAUCCAUGGCCAUCGUCACCGUUGGCUAUGUGCUAACAAAUGUGGCCUACUUUACGACCAUUAGUGCCGAGGAGCUGUUGCUUUCCAAUGCAGUGGCGGUGACCUUUUCUGAGCGGCUACUGGGAAAUUUCUCAUUAGCAGUUCCGAUCUUUGUUGCCCUCUCCUGCUUUGGCUCCAUGAAUGGUGGUGUGUUUGCUGUCUCCAGGUUAUUCUAUGUUGCGUCUCGAGAGGGUCACCUUCCAGAAAUCCUCUCCAUGAUUCAUGUCCGCAAGCAUACUCCUCUGCCAGCUGUUAUUGUUUUGCACCCUUUGACGAUGAUAAUGCUCUUCUCUGGGGACCUCUACAGUCUUCUGAAUUUCCUCAGUUUUGCCAGGUGGCUUUUUAUUGGGCUGGCGGUUGCUGGGCUGAUUUAUCUUCGAUACAAACGCCCAGAUAUGCAUCGUCCUUUCAAGGUGCCGCUGUUCAUCCCAGCUUUGUUUUCCUUCACGUGUCUCUUCAUGGUUGCCCUUUCCCUGUAUUCGGACCCAUUUAGUACAGGAAUUGGCUUCAUCAUUACUCUGACUGGGGUUCCUGCAUACUAUCUCUUUAUUAUAUGGGACAAGAAACCCAAGUGGUUUAGAAGAAUGUCAGAUGGAAUAACAAGAACAUUGCAAAUAAUACUGGAAGUUGUACCAGAAGAAGAUUGUCGUAAAUUAUGAAUUAAUGCAUCUGAAAUAUUGGCAAUCUAUUCUUGGCCUUGUGUCUGCCCAGAGGGCUGAAACAAAAUGUGCAUCUUCAGGCAUUUUAUGAAAAUCCAGAGGAUUGCAAAUUUGGUGAUGGACUAAAGGAAUCAGUUGUUGCUAUUCAUAUCUUUUAAUGUGUUUAAGCUGGUUUCUAAGAAAUUUAGUUAUAACUCCAGGUAGUUACUGAAAUCAGAUGUGUUAUGCAAGUAUUCAAUGAGUUCACAUGAUUUUGGAAGUUCUGAUACCUACAUGAAGUGAGAGGAAAAAGACUACCGAGUGAACAAUUCCUUUAGUGAUCUUUAUAACAUAUCUCAUCAUGAACACUGAGAUGUUUUCUGUGUAUAUGGCUUUUAUAGAAAUAAUUUUUAUACACUGUAGAUGACUAUACUGUGAAAAGUGUUUUCUGCUCUUCUGGGGGGAAAAUUGUACAUCAUCAUUCUGAACUGAGGAAAGAAAGAAAUACAUUUUAUGUUGGCAUUGCAUUGCUUCCUCUUAGACACCAACUUAGAUAUCACUCAUCUUUUACUGCAUUACACCUAGAGCAUUCUGAACAAAUGACAGAGAGAAAAUGCCUAAUUUUAAUGAAUACAUUAAAGAAGAGCUUCCAGGGGCUAUUGUUCAUGAGAAAAAUCCAGGAAUUUUGUAUAAAAAUUCCGAUAAUUGAUUAUGUUAAGAUUUUUUUUUUUCUCUUUAUCAGGAAAACCCACUUUGUUUUCAUGGCAGCCUACUUGAUCAUGAAAGAAUGUAACAUCUUUCUUAGAGAAAGCAAUAGUCAAUUUGUUAUUAAAGCCUCUUAAGCACAAUCAUUUGUUUCCCUAAUAACUUACCCCUUGAUAAUAUAGCUAAAUAUAUGCAUUUUUAAAUCUUCAAAUUACAAUUUCCUUAUAAGACAGAAAUCAACAAGAAAGAGAAUACCCAAAAUAUUAUGCCCAACCCUAUAAUCAUAUCUAUUUGCAGUGUUAGUGAUUAUGAACAGUUUUUAAUCUCAUAGCUAUUUUUACAUGGUAAUAAAUUUUGACAGUUUGUACAUUUCCUUUAUAUAUUUUAUAUUCUGUUAAAAUAGCUCUUCGGAUGAAACUGUCCAGAUUAAUUAGGAAAAGGCAUAUAUUUACAUAAAAAUUGAGGAAGAAAUGUCACUGCUAAAUAAGAUUUACAACUGAUGUUUCUAAAAAUUUUCCACUUCUUUAUCUUAACUUUGUCAGUUAUUUCCUCACCUUAAUUAUCAUUCAGCUUGCAAAAGAGAUAACUGAUAACAAAUUCACUAAAAGUAGGAGAAAUGUGUGUAUGUAUUCGACAGGUGUUUUUAUGCUAUGUUUAGAAAAUAUUGUGGAAUUUUCAAAUAGGGUAAUAUAAUGAUGGAAUGUGUAAACCAUUAUUUACAUACAUCUAAGAUCAAAUAGUCAUCCCAGAGUAUGUUUCAUCCUCUAAUUUUAAAAGUAACAAUUUUUGAAAGAACUACACUGAUUAAAAUCAUUGAGCUGAUACAGAGUUCAUAGAAAAUUGACCAAAGCAGAAAUGAUGAUUUAUAAUUUGAGGCAAUUCCAAGUCACCAAUUUCAGUUUUUGCUCUUGAUAACAUUUAAUACACAUCCAAGAUUGACAUUAUUUUCAGCCAAACCUGGUGUUUGGGUCUUUAAGUAAAUUCAUAAAAAUUCCUUCCCUUUUCUCUUACCAUCUGGUUUUCAAAUUUGAUCUGUAGCCUCUGCUUCUUAUAUCCAUUUGUCUGUAUCUCUUGCCACUCUGUUGCUGAGGUAGAAAUUGGUUGUGUUUACAUUCCUUUUUUUUUUUUUUAACCGUCUAAGCCCAUGUAAUGUAAACCAGAAAACUCUUCUUAAGGGUUUUUAUGGGGUUUGUUUGUUUUUUGGUUGUUUGUUUUGUCUAAUGAAAAAAAGAAUAGUAAGAUCACAUGGAGAGGUUUACAUAGCUCUUGAUUAUUCCUGAGAAUUAUGUGUUUAAAACCACAGUGACAGAUAGGUCUCAUUUUAUUUUGUUAUUUUUUGUUUUAAUUUCUUUUCAAAUAUAACAUCAUAAGAGCUAACUAGCAUGCAUUUCAUUAUUUUUCCCAUCAUUUAAAAAAAUGAUUUUUGCAUUGUUAAAUUUCUAAUGCUACUAUAAUUUUUAACCCGACAGAGAGUAAGUCGGUCAGGAACUUUUUUUGUUUUAAAGAUUUUAUUUAUUUAUUUGACAGAGAGAGAGAUCACAAGUAGGCAGAGAGAUAGGCAAAGAGAGGGAGGCAGGCUCCCCACUGAGCAGAGAGCCCAAUGAGGGGCUUGAUCCCAGGACCCUGAGAUCAUGACCUGAGCUGAAGGCAGAGGCUUUAACCCACUGAGCCACCCAGGCACCCCAGUCAGUAAUAUUUUUAAAAGUAAUAAAGACUAAGUUGUACUUCAAUUUAUUUUUAGGAUACACCAUGAAAAGAUGCAGGGUUUCAAUAAUCUGGAAAUCGAUAUUUAUAAUUUUUAUUCAGAUAAUAUCAAAUCAACUCUAUUUGAAAACUCUCCCGAACAUAAAUAUGUAUAAUAUAUAUAUACCAUAUAUAUAUAUAUAUAUAUACCAUUACAUUAUACCCUUACCAUUGUGGAUAUUCAAAUGUUUAUAUACAUAUUAUGAGUUUAUUAUAACACAAAAAGUAAAAGUGGCCAAUACUGUUUAAGACAACAAAUAUACUAUUUUCAAAUGUACUACUUUUUGGGUAACAUGGAGUCUCAAGUAUUUAAUUAUGAAUUAAACGGAUUUAGUAAAGACUUCCAAAGCUAAAACAAUUUGAUUAAAAAAAUGGACUGAUUCUCCUUAUGCAAUUACAAAUAUUUCAGUAAAUGUUUUUUGACUCACUUUUAAAAAUGUUAGAUUAUUUUCCUCAGAUUUUUCUUUGGUCAGUUGAGGAAAAUUGGACUAUUAUAAAUGUUUAGGUCGGCUGGAAAUAGACCUUGUUCUUGUCUUUCUUCGAGAGAUUAAAUAAAGAUUUGUCUUAGAAAAGAUGGCGGACUCCAGUACCCAACAUAAAUGUUAGGUGUGUGCACCCACAAUAUACAUGUGUGCUUAUACUGUAUUCUUUCCCAUCUCUGCUGGGACAAAAGUAGGAUAGAUUAUUAGGUUACAUUAGCAAUGCAUAGCAGUUUCUCUAACACUAAAAUAGGUAUGUCGAAACAAAUUUCUGUAUUAUUUUAUGUGUCUGGUGAAAAUGUUUCCCCAGUGCUAUUUGGUAUAUUAACAGACAGUUAACCCAAGUAUAAUUACUUAACUCAACAUAAUUUUUAUGAACCGUAAUCAGUCUUCAGGAAACUCAUUAUUUUACCUCUAUUUGUAGAUGAAUGUAAUACCAACCAAGAAAGAGGGCAUCUUUGACCUAUAGAAGAUUUCUUAUAAUUGAGGUAUAGGUUAUGAGAAUAUAGAAUACUGAAGGCCUGAGUAGCAGGAAAUGAAAGAUAGCAUGUGACUGGAAGUAAUGAUAUUUCAAUGUAACUUAUUAUGCCGCAUGAUCAGAGAAGUAUUAAAAAUUAAUUGUCUGUAGUACGUAAGUGGAUAUCCCAAGUAACUAAUGGAAUGUGGCUUCAGUGCCCCUCACUUAGACAUGUCCCUUCCUAAUGUUGUAUUUGGAAAUUUAUAUGAAUUUUUUUGAAGAAGAUCAGAAUUGUAUACAUUUCUGGCCCUACAAAAUCUGCAUCUGUCCCUGUGAGUAUAGUAAAAUAACUUCCAUUACUUUUUCUAGUAGAAAUAAACACAGGCCAUUUAUAGAAUAUAUCUUUAAAUAAUAAAGUUUUGAGUUAAUUGAAGUAUCUAUGUAUAAUUUUACAUGGCUCUCAUGUAUUUUUAUAUUUUGCGAUAUAUAAGGAGAGUGUUCACUUUUGAUGUAUUUUAUGAUUCAGUUCUGAGUGACAGAAAAGCAACAAAUAGGGUUUUAAUUGUAAUUAUUUUUCUUAGGAAAGAAAUAUAGUGAGAUUUGGAAUUUGAAUGCAGAUGAGUAAAAGAUUGAUUUUACUUAAA